AUUCUUUUAUGUCGGAGAGUGUAAUUUCCUUAUGGUUUAGUGGGUCCCACCCGUUCCGUGACGCUAGUGGUCUCCGUUCACUCACAUUUGCACUAUAAAUAUAUCCCAACAUUUGUUUCUCUUCUCCACGAAACUCUCACUUUCAAUUUUUCCGUUUCAGUUUCACUUUUUGGAGCGUUUCAGUUUCGCAGAAACUAAAUUAUAACCAUGAAUACUCUCAUCCGAUCCACUCUCAGAACCAAGAAAGCUGAAGCUUUCGUAUGUGCAGCGGUUCCCUUAUGGUGUAGAUCAAACACUACAAAAUCUUCUUUGCCAACAGAUAAUUCAACUUCUGAUGCGAAAACUGGCCAAGGGUUCAAGGGCCAUGCUAUGCUUGCCCCUUUCACACCUGGGUGGCAGACUACCGAUUUGGAUCCUUUGAUUAUUGAAAAGUCCGAGGGAAGCUAUGUAUAUGACAUUAAUGGGAAGAAAUAUCUUGACUCACUUGCUGGUCUAUGGUGCACUGCUUUAGGGGGAAGUGAGCAGCGCCUUGUUGAUGCUGCAAAUGCACAAUUGAAGAAGUUGCCAUUUUACCAUUCCUUUUGGAAUCGAACCACAAAACCUACAUUGGAUCUAGCCAAGGAACUGCUAGAAUUUUUUACAGCCAGAAAAAUGGCUAAAGCUUUUUUUGUUAAUAGUGGAUCAGAAGCCAACGACACUCAGGUCAAAAUUGUAUGGUAUUAUUACAAUGCACUUGGAAAACCAAAUAAGAAGAAAUUCAUAGCUCGGACUAAAUCGUAUCAUGGUUCAACAACCAUAGCAGCCAGUCUUUCAGGUCUAUCGCCUUUGCAUCAAAAGUUUGAUUUGCCAGCUCCUUUUGUUUUGCAUACUGAUUGUCCACACUACUGGCGGUAUCAUCUUCCAGGUGAGACAGAGGAAGAAUUUUCGACCAGAUUGGCCAAGAAUUUGGAGGAGCUAAUUCUGAAAGAGGGUCCAGAGACGAUUGCUGCAUUUAUUGCGGAACCAGUGAUGGGGGCUGGAGGUGUCAUACUUCCACCAGCAACUUAUUUUGAUAAGAUCCAAGCUGUUGUCAAGAAGUAUGAUAUACUUUUUAUUGCGGAUGAGGUGAUUUGUGCCUUUGGGAGGCUUGGGACAAUGUUUGGUUCGGACAAAUAUAACAUUAAGCCAGAUCUUGUUUCCUUGGCAAAGGCGCUCUCUUCUGGAUACUUGCCAAUUGGAGCUAUCCUUGUGAGCCCAGAAAUUGCAGAAGUAAUACAUUCACAAAGCAGCAAACUUGGUUCAUUUUCUCACGGGUUCACUUAUUCUGGAUCACCCGUGCCCUGUGCUGUUGCACUUGAAGCACUCAAAAUCUACAAGGAGAGAAAUAUUGUUGCCGUUGUGAACAAGAUAGCUCCAAGGUUCCAAGAUGGCUUAAAAGCUUUUUCUGACAGUCCCAUCAUUGGAGAGAUACGGGGAACAGGCUUGAUCCUAGCGACUGAGUUCGCUGACAACAAAUCGCCCAAUGAUCCAUUUCCUCCUGAAUGGGGAGUAGGUGCUUAUUUCGGAGCACAAUGUCAAAAGCGUGGGAUGUUAGUUCGGGUAGCAGGAGAUCUUAUCAUGAUGUCUCCACCAUUUAUUAUAUCACCUGAAGAAGUUGAUGAGUUGAUCAGCAUUUAUGGGAAAGCUUUAAGAGAGACAGAAAAGAGAGUCCAAGAGCUCAAGUCUCAACCCAAAUUAGCUUGAGGAGAUGAUGAUGAUGAUAAAAGAAAAUACAGAAGACUGUGACAGUGAUUGGGCAGGUUGCCCAGAUUACCGCAAAUCAAUCACAGGUUUUACAAUUUUUCUCGGCACUGCAGUCAUCUCUUGUAAGUUCAAGAAAGAAACUGUUAGGGCCCGUUUGGUGCAUAGAAUAGGAUAGAGACAUGAUAUGUUAACGAGUUGGAUAAGGAUAGAACAUGAUAGCGGCAGGAUAACACUUAUCAUAUGUGUUUGAUGCACACAUGAUAAAAACCAAGAUAUGAUUGUUUUUUCCUUUCAUGUGUUUGAUACACACUUGAUAGUAACACGACAAAAUAUAUAUCAUAUUUAAAUCACAAAA